AGCUGCAAGUAGUUGGCGCCGUCCCGCGUCGCGCCCGCGCAGGGCGGGCCCCGCACGCUUAUUCGGCCCUGGAGGAACGCCGGCGUCCAGCCCGCUACCGACCGCCGCUGCGGGAUGCUGCGCUCCACGUCCACGGUCACCCUGCUCUCGGGCGGCGCCGCCAGGACGCCCGGGGCGCCCAGCAGGAGGGCAAAUGUUUGCAGACUACGGCUGACCGUACCUCCUGAGAGUCCAGUUCCUGAGCAAAGUGAAAAGAAGAUUGAGAGAAAAGAGCAGCAUCUCGACUUGAGCAAUGGAGAACCUACCAGGAAACUUCCUCAGGGUGUUGUUUAUGGUGUGGUGCGAAGAUCAGAUCAAAAUCAGCAGAAAGAAAUGGUGGUGUAUGGGUGGUCCACCAGUCAGCUGAAAGAAGAGAUGAACUACAUCAAAGAUGUGAGAGCCACUUUGGAAAAGGUGAGAAAGCGAAUGUAUGGAGACUAUGAUGAGAUGAGACGGAAGAUUCGACAGCUCACCCAGGAGCUAUCAGUUUCCCAUGCUCAGCAGGAGUAUCUGGAGAAUCACAUCCAAACCCAGUCGUCUGCCCUGGAUAGUUUUAAUGCCAUGAACUCAGCCUUGGCGUCGGAUUCCAUUGGCCUGCAGAAAACCCUUGUGGAUGUGACUUUAGAAAACAGCAACAUUAAGGAUCAAAUCAGAAAUCUGCAGCAGACGUAUGAAGCAUCCAUGGACAAGCUGAGGGAAAAGCAGAGGCAGUUGGAGGUAGCACAAGUUGAAAACCAGCUGCUGAAAAUGAAGGUGGAAUCGUCCCAAGAAGCCAAUGCCGAGGUGAUGCGAGAGAUGACCAAGAAGCUGUACAGCCAGUAUGAAGAGAAGCUGCAGGAAGAACAGAGGAAGCACAGUGCCGAGAAGGAGGCUCUUCUGGAAGAAACCAAUAGUUUUCUGAAAGCAAUUGAAGAAGCCAAUAAAAAGAUGCAAGCGGCAGAGAUCAGCCUAGAGGAGAAAGACCAGAGGAUCGGGGAGCUGGACAGGCUGAUUGAGCGCAUGGAAAAGGAACGUCAUCAACUACAACUUCAACUCCUAGAACAUGAAACAGAAAUGUCUGGGGAGUUAACUGAUUCUGACAAGGAAAGGUAUCAGCAGUUGGAGGAGGCAUCAGCCAGCCUCCGUGAGCGGAUCAGACACCUAGAUGACAUGGUGCAUUGCCAGCAGAAGAAAGUCAAGCAGAUGGUCGAGGAGAUCAUGUCGCACGAGCUCUUCUCCAGAUUUAGUCUCCGGCUCUUUGGAAGAUGAUAAAUUGGUAGUCUGCUCUGGGUUGGAAGCGAUUCAUUUCUUGUUCGUGAUUAGAAGAACACUUGUACACUCUCUGCUGGGAAGAGGUGGUAUUUAUCUAUGAUGAGCCAAUAAACAAAACGGGAAGGACAUACUAUUGAAAGGAAAAUUUGACCAUGUGGGGCUCUUGUUUGUGAAAACACCCACACACUGUCACCCUGACUUGUACAGCCUCAAACUGCAGAGUCAAGAGAACUCACAGAUCCACAGAGUAUUUUUAGGAACUUGAGUAGACGUCGAAGAAGGAACUGCAAUGAAAAAGACUACUGAAAAACCCAUUCAGAAAGUUCCAGGUGGAGGCUUGAAAGAUGAAUCCUUACUUAUGGAAAAGCUGCCAAAGACAUCUGCUAAGGAGAUGGGAAGAGAGCUUGAAGAAUGUUAGUGCUCUGGGCAGGAGGUGCUCCCACCAGAUCACCCCCAGAAAGUACAGGAGCAGCCAGGCGUCUAUGUGGUUUGGUUCUAUUUGUAUAUGGGAGGUGGCCCUGAAGGUGUCCUUCCUGAAUGGAUAUCAAUACUCAUCUUAGGACUCUUCUAAGAGGAGUUUAGCUUGCUUCUGUCACCAUCAGCAUUUUGCCUGAAUUGGUUCAACCAACUUCACGAAAAGGAGUGUAUCUGAUAAAGAGAAAUCUAUUUGGCUGAAAUAUGUUGAACUGAAACAUCCUCCAUGUAUGUUUUAUUUUUAUAGAGGUCUUUCUUGAGAUUGCUGCAGGCAUUGGUGUUUUAUUAGAACAUGACAGUUUUGCUGAGAACUAGCAGUGGUAGCUGCAGUCAUAGCAAUGGGUGGCAUGAGUCUACAUAAGCUGGGAGACUGGGCUCGUGGAGUGAGUGCGUUCAGAGGCCCAGUGUACCUCAGACGUUGGCUAGUUCUCCACGCCUAUCAUUCCUUCAUGGCAAAGCAGGCAUGAAGAUGCUUUCUUGCUAAUAUUUGCCUUGGCUUUCGUUUAGAUGCUUCUGCCCAGCUUAAGCAAGGAGGCAGGGGAUGGGAAAGAAGCAGAUGAAUACUUUUCCACGUUAGUAAUUAACUGUUAAUAUUGUUCACCUGUGCAUGGUGCUGUGUUUAGACACAGAUCCCCAGAUACGAUGCUGGAUAUUCAGACUUCCACUAGGGAGACAGAGGCAGAUUUGAGAAUCUCAUCUGGAUGUUAGCUUAGUGUUUUUACCUACACUGUUUUUCAGGGAUACCUUUAUUGCUGUAAUGUUUUUUUAAGUCUCUGGUGGAAAAGUCACUGGCAUUUGUUCUAGCAGCAUUGAUUCAUUGCCAAGUUUUAAAAAAGGAAAUAAUUAAGAGAAUGCAAUGACCUUUAGAGAAAAUGGGUCACUCCUGUGAGUCCCACUUUCAAGGUGGUGUGCUUUCUUCUGCUUUUAGAGUUUCUUUUCUCUUUUGGGCUAUGAACAGUACCUAGAGGCCAGGCAGGCCUUAUUCUGGAGCAGGUAGUGAGUGAGGUUCCUAGAGUGCUGCAUAGCCUGAGGGUGCCUCCUAAGUGGAUGCCCUCCACUCCUCCUGCACUUGGCCCUGGGCCUGGGUCCUAGGCUCAUUGUUGAUCUUCUUAGAUCUGGGUUCCUUGCAUUGCAGGACCUACCUCAACCUGCUCUUGUCUGCCUUUGCUGGUGCCCCUCAAUUCACCUCUUUCCUGCCUGUACUGUGAUAUGGUGUGAACUUGACUUACUGCUUGUCGAACCUGAGUCCUGUGCUCAAAUCCUGCCCCGCCACCGCUUUCCUCCCUUAACUGGAUCCUUAGCCUUGGACUCCAAGGCUACAGCUCUGUCUCAUGGCCACUCACGCCCCACCCAAAGGAGGUGCUACUCAAAAGUUUGAGGCAGGAGUGAUUUAUCAUAAAUGACAAUGUUAUAGUUUCUAAUUCUAGUGUUUAGCAUGGUAUUAUUCACUUAUUUAUUUUAAAAUCUUAGACACUUUAUCUAAAAUGUCAAUUUUUAGAAGGUAUCAGAGCACAAUUGUGGCAGCCUUUUUCCUGUAUGUAUUACAUGUAUUAUUAAAAAAAGCAGGUUCAUUCUAUGACAGGUAUUCGUUACUGUAUUCACAAUACAAAUUGUCUUUUCAAGGGAAAAGCUAUUUUCUUCGGAAAUGUCGUUGAACCUAUGUUCUCUUUAUUGAAAUUGUUCUAAUUGACUUUAAACUGUUUCUCAGACACCUGGUGCCCAGUUUCUGGCCAUAGAAACUAUGUGAGGCUAAGUAAUUCAUGUUUGGGUCACUACCAGUCACAAAUGCUUCUCUCAUUCCACGGCUAUGCAUAUGGAUGUCACAUUCCCAUGUCAAUCAUCUCUGGAAGGUAUUAUUUGCCCAGUUUUUUAAGCAUGGGAAACUGAGGCUUAGAGUCUUAAAAAACAAGUAGCUGGCAGUCUCUCGGCAAAUAAUGAUGGUGCUGCACUGCAUACCCAGAUCUGUGACUCCAAAGCCAGCCUUUGUUGUUUUCUUCUUGUUACUUUUAAUUGGAAAAAAAUUUAAAUUGCAAAAAGUUGUAGAGAAUGAUAAAAACAAAAAAUCCACGUACGCUCUUCUAGGAUUAACCAAUGUUGCCAUUUUGGCACAUUUGUUUCUGAUUUUUUUUUUUUUAAAUAAAAGAACACAUCACAGAUAAAGAAGAGGUUUUCUUUUUACCUGUCCCUGAUUCUGUUCCUUUUCCUUCUUUCACCCUCUCUUCUUCUUCAGAGGCAAUUUGGUCUCUAGGCCAUGCCUUGAUGAUUUUACUGUGUGUAUAUAUAUAUAAAAUUAGUAUGUGGCUUAGUUUGUGUUUUAAAUUUUACAUAAAUUUUAAUUUAUAAUAUUAAAAAUAAAUUGUACGUAUUUUGCAACUUAUUUCUCAGUUUUCUUUUUGCUGUUAUUCCAUAUAGAUCUGGAUUAUUCAUUUCAAUGGCUAAUAUUCUUUUAUUUGAAUAUAUUGUAACUUAUUUAUCCUAUUCAUAGACAUUUUUAUUCUUUUACAAACAAUACCAACAUGUCUCCAGGCUUCUCUAACUAGGAAGUAUACUUAGAGGAGGAAUUGCUAGGGCAUGGGAUUGGCACAAUUUCACCUUUUCUAGAUAUUGCCCAAUCGCUGCCCACAGUGCACAUACCUUUCCACCAGUCACAUGUGAGAGGGCAGAUUUUCCAAAUGCACACCACCACUUGGCACUGUGUAGACUAUAAUUUUGGCCAGUUAGGAAAUGGCAUCUCAUUGUUUUCAUCUUAAUUUGCGUCAGCCUGAUUACUACUUAUUGAAACUUGUGAGGUUGAGAAACUUUUCUUAAGCUUAUUGGCCAUUCAAGUUUCCUCCUUAAUGAAAUGGUUGUUCAUAUCAUUUGCUCAUUUUUAUAUUAGGCUGUUUUUCUUUUUUCCAGCUGACUUUUAGGAACUCUACACCUUAUCAAUAUUAAUCAUUUAUCAAAAACUAUUUGGGUGCCAUUAUCUUCUCCUAGUCAAUGUUUUUUGAUUGUGGUAUCUUUUAUAAUAUAUAAGUUUUUAAUGUUGGCAGAAGUAGAGUUAAUCUUUUGGGCUGUGUCGUGUGUCUUGUUUGACGUAAAGAUAGUUUCUGUAAUAGUUUUGAAGUUUGAUUGUUCAUCUUUAGGUCUUCAAUUACAAACUGCACAUCCGUCCCCUCUAUCCUCUUUCUUACUCUGUUUUUCUCCAUAGCACUUAUCAUCCAAUAAUAUGUCAUGCACUUUAUUUAUCUGUUUUGCAUGUAUAUUUUGUCUGUUGCCUGUUUCCUUCCACUAGAAUGUAAGUCCCAUGAGGGCAGGGACUUGUAUCUAUUUUGUUUGUGGUUGUAUCUCUAGCACCUGGGAUAGUCACUGGCAAAUGAUAGUUGCUCAAUAAAUAUUUGUUGGACAAA